AUGCGAUUAUCGUGGGUCUUGUCGAUUCUAGCUCUUGGUGCUAAUGCCCAAAAAGCAUCAGAAUGUCCCCUUCAAGGGCCAGCAUUCCCGGCACCCACUGCCCUGUCAAAAUCCAGGGUCUUCCUCAAGGCGGCAGAAAGUCUAACCUUGCACCUCAAGGAGGCGAUUCAUAAUGGAAGCCUCCCAUCCACCUCAUUCUCGGUGCAAGUUUUCAGCGGCCAAGAGAGUCAUUCAGCGUUUACUUUUUCGCAUACGGAUGAUGGAGUUGCAAACGGCUCAGUAGGUGUUCAAGAAGUGACUGAAGACUCUAUUUUUCGCAUUGGCAGCAUAUCAAAAUUGUGGACUAUGUUCCUUUACAUGACCUUGGAUGGAACAAAAUACUUCCACCAUCGCGUGUCCAAAUACGUUCCUGAACUGCAAACCAAUCACAAAGAACAGCAAAAUGCAAUUGACCAUGUACAAUGGCAUGACGUGACCAUCAGUGAGCUGGCCAGCCACCAGGCUGGUAUUUUAAGAGACUAUGCAUUCGGAGACCUCGGGUUCCAGUCGACUACCCUCCAAGCGCUGGGAUUACCCGCCCUCCCUAAAUCCGACCAACUUACCUGUGGAAGUACCGUUGCGUGUGAUAGAAAGGAAUUCUUUGAAGGCGUGCUCAAAGCGCAUCCACUCACUUCAAACUCUCACACACCUAUCUACUCUAACGCAGGCUACCAAAUUCUUGGAUAUGCAUUGGAGGCCAUUGCCAAGGCUGACUUCGAAGACAUCUUGAUUGAUCGUCUGAUCAAGCCACUCAACCUGACUCGGUCUGGGCUUCAACCAAAGCCUGAAUUUGGGGUUAUUCCUUCCAACGAGACUUACAGUUGGUUCAAUCAUACGGUUGGUGACGAAAACCCGGCUGGGGGGGUGUUCUCGUCUUCAAAAGACAUGGCAACCGUUGGUCGGGCUAUACUUUCAAGUGCGCUGGUUAAGCCUGCCAUCACAAGAAGAUGGCUAAAGCCUGCCACACAUACCUCCUCCUUACAACACUCCGUUGGAGCACCAUGGGAGAUUUAUUCUUUCUCGACAGAUGAUCGUCGAGUUGACAUAUAUAGCAAAGCUGGGGAUAUUGGAGUCUACUCAAGCUUUAUGGGUCUUUCUCCGGACUAUAAUGCCGGGUUUACCAUUCUACUUGCUGGUAAUAGCAACCCGCACCAGCUGACGGCGAAUGUUGCCGAAAUGAUUGCAGACAUUGUGCUCCCAGCGCUCGAAGAAACUGCCAAAAGUCAAGCGGCGCAAAGAUUUGCGGGGACCUAUUUUGUGGCGCACGAUGGUUCCAACUCUUCGAUUACCAUCACGGCUGAUGAUGGCCCGGGGCUGAAGAUCACUGAGUGGACUAGCAACUCGGUAGAUAUGCUUGAAAGCCUGAUGUCAUUGCAAGGGUUGACCGACCGUUCGAAGCUAAACAUCCGUCUACAACCGAAUGGUCUACAGACAGCCGGACGAAUCGCGUUCUCGGCUGUCAACCUUGUUGCUAACCCGGCAAUAAAUGGUGGACCCAUUGUCGGCUCAUGUUUGUCCUGGAUCCUCCUUGAUUCAUUUGUAUACGGCAACAUUGGCCUCACAGAGUUCGAGUUUGAGCUGGAUAACAACGGAUAUGCCGCAGCCAUAUCCCCCCGCGCACUACGCAUUACUAUGACUCGGGCCUAG